AUGGGAUCCCACAGCGACCACAGAGUCCCAGAGGAGAUCUCAGACCCAGACAUCUAUGGUGAUGGGCCGCAGGAGGUCGAGCAAGCUACGCCGGAGGUCAAAGAGCACUCGCCAUAUAUCGGCUUUGCGGCGGGCAUUUGCUCGGGAUGGACAAAACUCAUCGUCGGCCACCCCUUCGACACCUGCAAGAUCCGACUUCAAUGUGCCCCUCCAGGGACAUACAAAGGCGUAUGGGACGUCUUGUCCUCGACAGUCACCAAAGAAGGCCCGAGAGCGCUCUACAAAGGCGCGAGUAUCCCGGCCAUCUCUUGGGGUAUCACCGACUCUAUCCUCAUGGGUAGUUUACACAACUAUCGAGCUUUCCUCUUGACCCAUGGGUUUGGUGAACGGAAUCCCGGGUCGGAGGAGCAGAGGCUUUCGAUUCUGGGUCAUACCACCGCUGGACUCUUUGCAGGUUGGACCAAUGCGAUACCAGCCCAUGCCACGGAAUUGAUCAAAGGCAAACUGCAACUCCAAAUGAUCCAGCCCGAAAACACCCCCAAAGAAUUUUCCGGUCCCAUCGAUGUCGUCCGCAAGACUGUCGCCGAGCAAGGUAUCACCGGAAUGUGGCGUGGACUGGGAUCAAGUUUCUUGUAUAGGAGUUGUUUCCUCGCCAUGUUUGGAAGUUUCGAAGCGUUCAAUAGACUGUUCAAGAGCUGGGAUGGGACGAGCUGGGAGAUGUCGAGCGGGAUGGCAAACUUUAUGGCAGGUGGUAUGGGGUCGAACGUCUACUGGCUUGCUGCUCUACCGAUGGACAAUAUCAAGAACCGUAUAAUGACCGAUGAUAUAAAGAGACCGCGCUACAAGGGCGUCUUUGACGCUUACAAACAAGUCUGGCGAGAGACGUUUGACCCCUCCAAGUCGUUUGGUUGGAAUUCAGCCGCAAGAGUACGAAACUUUUACAAAGGCUUCACGCCAGUCGUGUUGAGAGCAUUCCCUACGAAUGCUGCGGCUUUGGCGGUAUGGGAAGGUGUGAUGCGGUGGCAGACGGCUUGA